AUCCCAUACACUCGGCAUCUGCGCUUGGCUGUUGGUUCCUCGGUGACAAUCAGGGGAACAGCUUCCGUCUCUUUCAGCAAGGACCCACAAAUACAAGUGGAUUUCCACGUUGGAAGUGACGAGAAGUCAGACAUUGCCUUCCAUCUCCGAAUCUACUUUGGCAACUGGGUGGUGAUGAACAGCCGUCAGGAUGGGGGUUGGAGGUGUGAGGCAAGGUCCUCCCACAUGCCCUUUGUGGAUGGCAGACCCUUUGACCUGCGCAUCUUGGUACUGCAUAACGAAUACCAGGUAAUUGUAAAUGGCCAACACUGUUACAGCUUUGCCCACCGACUCCCGCCAUCGUCUGUGAAGAUGAUGCAGGUGUGGAGAGAUGUUGUCUUGACGUCAGUGGAUACCUCCUAG